CAAGCAUCGUGCAUGCAUUUUGGGCCAUCUUUUUUAUUUACCUCUCUCCCUCUCUCUCUCUCUCUAAUUCUCUUACUCUGCUCUUUGCUCUGCAUGCAACGCUUUAUCUCUCUAGCCCACACUCGCUCUUUCUCGCUCUAAAUCCAUACAGAAAACUGUUUAAUCGAUCUGUAUUUUCACCAAUCUUUUUGCCCACCCACCGAAAACCACCGCCGGCCACCGACCGCCGCCGACGUUCUUCCAUCUUUUCACUGACUCUGGACCUCAAGAAUCAGUUCAGAUUUCAUGCAACAGCAAAAAGAUUGAGUCUUGCUAUGCUUCUUGAUUCUUGUUUGUGGACGUUACAUUCGAUAGAUUGAGCAAGGUGAGCUGUCAGCAAUUGUUGAAGAUUGAUUCUUUGCAGCUUUUAGUGUGUUUUUAAUCAUCUGGGUCAGUGAUUAAUCGAUGGGAACUUAGGGUUUUGGUUUGAUUUCAGAAAUUUUCGGGUUUGGAGAAAUUAUUGGAGGUUUGAAUUUGGUCUGAAAUGGGGUCAAAGUUUUGCAUGAACGAGGUCUGCCGUGCGACGACGUCGUCUGAGUGGAAAAAAGGCUGGGGAUUGAAAUCGGGUGGAUAUGCAACGCUUUGCUCUAACUGCGGAUCUGCUUAUGAACAUUUAGCUUUCUGUGAAAUGUUUCACAUGAAUGAGUCCGGUUGGAGGGAUUGCAGAAUGUGUGGAAAGCACCUUCAUUGUGGGUGCAUUGCUUCAAUGUAUCUGUAUGAGCAUAUGGAUUAUGGAGGCAUAUCAUGCAUAAACUGUUCAAGGCGUUUGGGAGGUCAAAUCUUGAGAACAAUACAGACACCUAGUAGUAAUAGUAUACCAAAUGGAACCUUGCCCAUGCAAAAAAUUAGAGACACACAGCGCGUGGAUUCUGAAAACAGAAUGGAUGCAAAUGAUUUUGACAAAGGAAGGCUUCUGCACUUAAGUAUGGAAACACAUAAGCCCGAACCUCUGUUUCAAACCCAAAAUGGUGCAAAUAUUAAACAAGAAUUCAAAGUUCCUGUUAGAGAAAUCACAUCCUUGCCAAACCUCAACCAGAAGACUGUUGAUACAUCCAUAUUUGGCAAAACAGACAUCAACAUCCCUAAACAAGUCAUUAAAGACACAACAUAUCAACCUCUCAACCAGACAUCAAUGAGUUUCUCAUUGACCACUCCCAGUACGGGUACUACUUCAAGUUCUCCACUGCAGUUUCUUGCUGGGAUUGUUGAAGGGAGGGAGCAGAGCAAGAGCUCUACCUCAUCACAACACGGGCAGAAAGGACAGAAUAUUUUUCCCAAGCAAAUUAAAGCUGGUCUUAAUUUGGGGUCUGAGUCCAAAAAAGGAUUGCAUAGCCCAAGCCGUAUUGCAAGACCUCCUCCAGGUGAAGGGCGCAGUGGACGGAAUCAGUUACUGCCUAGAUAUUGGCCUAGGAUUACCGACCAAGAACUACAGAAAUUGUCUGGAGACUUGAAUUCCAAUAUUGUACCAUUAUUCGAGAAGGUUCUUAGUGCAAGUGAUGCUGGUCGGAUCGGGCGUCUAGUCCUCCCUAAAGCAUGUGCUGAAGCAUACUUUCCUCCUAUUAACCAUUCGGAAGGUAUAGCUAUAAGGGUUCAAGAUAUAAAAGGGCAGGAAUGGACAUUUCAGUUUCGGUUUUGGCCCAAUAACAACAGCAGGAUGUAUGUCCUUGAAGGUGUUACCCCUUGUAUCCAGAAUAUGCAGUUGCAAGCUGGUGAUACAGUUACGUUUAGCCGGAUAGAUCCAGGAGGAAAACUAGUUAUGGGUUUCCGGAAGUCAACAAAUAAUAAUAUUGAUCCACAGGAAUCUUCAAAUCUUCCCACUGCUGGGAGUUCUGUGGAAAUUCAAGUUUCUGGUGCCACUGACAAUGACAUGAAUGAAAAUGGGGCCAUUGAUGAAACCUUGCAAAAAAGUGCAUCUCUUCCAGAGAAGGAGAAGAAGAGGGCACGGAACAUAGGGCCCAAGAACAAGAGGUUAUUAAUGCAAACAAAAGAUGCUUUAGAGCUGAAGAUGACAUGGGAAGAAGCACAAGAGUUGCUACGCCCACCUCCAUCUGUGAAGCCAACAAUAGUUGUUAUUGAUGAGUGUGAAUUUGAAGAAUAUGAUGAACCACCUGUUUUUGGAAAGAAGACAAUGUUCAGUUCUGGAUCAACCGGUGAGCAGGAACAAUGGGCUCAAUGUGAUAGUUGCUCCAAAUGGCGCCGGUUGCCUGUGCAUGUUCUCCUUCCACCGAAGUGGACAUGUUCUGAUAAUAUUUGGGACCCAAACAGAUGUUCAUGCUCUGCUCCGGAUGAGAUAACCCCGAAAGAACAGAACACAUUCCUUAGAGAUGGCAAAGAUUCUAAAAGGCGGAGAAUCACGGAGAACAGUCAUGACCCUGAACCUUCGGGGUUGGAUGCUUUGGCCACCGUCGCAGUAUUAGGAGACAACAUUGGCGACUUUGGUGAACCGCCUCUAUCUGUUGGUGUGGGACCCACAACAAAACAUCCUCGACACCGACCUGGCUGUUCUUGCAUAGUUUGCAUCCAACCUCCAAGCGGGAAGGGUAAACAUCUUCCCACGUGUAAAUGUAACGUCUGCUUGACCGUUAGGCGUAGGUUCAAAACCCUCAUGAUGCGUAAGAAGAAAAAACAAACAGACCGUGAAGCCGAACACAUCACUAAAGAUGGAUCGGAAACGGAGGGUGCAAGUUGUGGGCCUGCGGGGGCUUUGGUUCAUGUGAUAAAUCAUUCGGAAAACGAUAGCAAUCCAAAUGGGGAUAUGGAGGAUGGUGGAACCAGCAAGGGACAAUUGGACCUGAAUUCUGAUCCUAAUCGUGAGGAUGACAUGCUACUAGAGGCAGUGGCUGUGAUUGAUACAACUGCCCUUCAAGCGAAGGAUACUAAUGGUUUAGUAACCCAGAACCAUUAUGAUGAACAUAGGAUUAUCAUGCCUGGAGAUGCCAAGCAAGAAUAUAGGGCUGUUGGUUGAUGACUGAUGAGCAGUCGUCAUUUUUUUUAUAUUUAUAAAAUGCUUAUUUGGCUGGGCUUUUAUAGAUUGUCAUUUCAUUAUCACCCCAUACAUAGUUUACGUAUACCAUACUGUUUACCGAGUGGCAUCAUCUACAUGUCUUGAAGAGAAAUGCACAAAGUCUGAAAUGUAAAUUCAUUUGUAUC